AUGAAGCUGAAUUUGGCUAUUCUCUCCUUGAGCGAGGCCGGUCACUGGUCUCGAUUCAGGGGCAUGGGUUAUCAGGUUCAAACUACCUCCGAUGCGAAUAAACUCCGAAUCAAUCGUGAGCUCUCGUACGAGAGAGGCAACGGAUUCGGGUUCACCACAGCUUGUUCUGCCACCGACAUCGCUAACAAAAAGCUCUCCAGCUCCUUGAUCGGUCCUGAAUCUAUCGUCGGCGCAGUCAACUUCCAGGUAACCAACCUCGACGUUGCCGACAGCUUUUGCUACGGAAAGAAAGAUGACCAAUUGCUGGACGUGUCGAAGUACACCUCCGGCUUCACCAUCAACUCCUUCUUCAACACCGCGACAAACACCUUCUUUGGAUCGACCAGCUAUCCCUUCCAACCGAACGGCUCUAAAACCGCCGUCGCAAGCAAUCAGAUGAAGUACACCGCCAUCGUUACCGAUCCAAAGAACAGCUCUCCAUCUUUUAACGCUCCACCAGCCUGGUUCGUCAACCCUCAGCUUACAAGCUGCACGACUGGUUACUACCAACAUUUGAACCUUCUGCCACUCGACCCCGAAGGCAACAAAGUCUCAUGCAGAUGGUCUACGUUUGCCGAGGCCGGUACUUUCUCACUCUACAGCGGCACCACCUUCAUCGGCGGCAAGGAUAUCUACCUCGAGCCAAACAACUGCGUUAUCCGCUAUUACCCUAGACAGGACACUUACAAGAAGAACCACUUCAUCGCAAUCCAGGUCGAGGACUUUGACUCUAGUGGCAAACGACUUCACUCGAUGCCCGUCAUCUUCCAGAUCAUCAAGAGAAAUGCCUCUUGGAGCUACAGCUACAAAAGCGGUGACAACUCGACCGAAAUCGAAGAUGAGCUCGUAGCCAGCGAAGAAGAGUUGAAUCACAGCGAUAGUGAAGAGGUCAACGAAGCUGUCCAGUUCAUCCCUGAAGCCAAGCACAUGACUUACGACUUCUACAACAACUUGCCUGAAAACGAGAACUACAUCACCGAAGAGGACAACUCGAUUACCACUGUUUCCGAGUACCAAGAACCGAACUUGGAGGAAAUCGAAGCCGCCGCUGCUCUUGAAGAUCCCGUAUUCGAGGCACCCGCUGGUGAUUUCGAUCUUGCGAGCUCUACUCCUUCUCUCUGCUCAUAUUUCCCAUUUGUUGCGUACACUGGUUCCUACAUCACCGAUGUGACGGUCACUUCAUCGAAGCAAGUCAUCAAAUUCUACAUUCGAGAGGGCGCCCACACGAGCAAGGGAACUUUCAUUAGCAAGUUGCCACGAAGACAUGUUUAUGGUCCUGACGGGCUCAAAUGCGGUACUCCAAAUACUUCCGGAUACUCUCUUUGCGAAUGGACGCCAAACAAGACCCAGCUCGACCAAUACGUUCACUCAGUUAGCUGGUACGGAAUGGAUGCGACCGGUCGAUACACUCGCUAUUACACCAGACAUUUCCGACUCAAGGAUGCCACUACAGUCGAAGUUGCUUGCUCUGCCACCUCUGCCACAAUCACCGCCGGCGUCGGCUCGUUCCUCCCCAACCUCUCCUCUUCUUACUUCAGCAAGACCGUCCUCAACAUCGGAACCUGCAAGUACACCUUCCCAAGCAGCGGUACCCAAACUCGCUCGAUCAGUCUCGCUUCCUGCGGCGGCAAGUGGUCUCAGGGAUCCAAGAUCGCCGUCGAAUGGGACGUCUCUGCAACUGAUCCAACCACCGGAACCAUCACCGCCAGCAGAGUGUUCAAGUUCAAAGCCAAGUGCGAAUAUGCCAGCCAAGUCAACAUGAUGAGCAGCGCUUUCAACGUCAAAUACGGUGUCACCACAACUCAAAUUUCCGGCUCUUCCACGCUCGAUUCUCUCUUCUCACUUAGUCUCAAGGGACCUUCCUCUACCAUCACUAUUGGUGACAAACUCACUGGUACCGUCACAUCCACCUUCGCCCCAUCCGUCCCAUACGAUUACCAGAUCGCCGCCUGCACCGUCUACGACAAGUCCACCAAGACCGGCAAGAAGUACACCGUCCUCGCCAAUCAGUGCGCUCCCCAAGCCGCCGUCGCCUUCGAUAACAGCAAGAUUUCCGGCACCAGAACCGCUCCACCAAGCUUCAGCUUCACCAGUUUCACCUUUGGCCCAAGCGACAUGAAUCUCUACAUGGAGUGCGCCGUCAACGUCUGCCUCCGAGAUCCAACCUCCAAGAAGCUGCUCAGCUCCACUUGUCUCAAGACCUGCUCCGGCAAAUAA